AUGUCGCACAAGCUUGGUGAGAAGCCUCCUCGGUAUCACCAUCAUCCUCGUCCACAUGCUGACCCAUACUCUAGGGCCGGGACGACUGACUCGGCAUUGACAAACCAUGGGAUGCUACAGAUAGAGUCUCUCGCUCAAUCAUUUGCAAGCAAGCCCAUAAAUUUUGACUCCGUGUUUGCAUCUGAUCUAAGCCGAGCACGCAUCACCGCGGAAGGCAUCUGUCGCCUGCAGCCUUCUAAGAAGGAUGGCGAGCUCGUGACUCCAAUUCUGACUUCAGAUCUACGAGAACGGGACUUUGGCUCAUGGGAGGCUGUUCGUUGGCAGUCAUCAUCUGCACAAUCUAUCGAUAUGAGUCCCUCGCCCACUCGUUUGGGUAGAACUGCGUCCAAGGAAGUCAUUGAGAAAGAAACUACAGUCUCGAUGCGCCAACGAUCGCUCUCGUUCCUCCAUACCCAUUUCCUGCCGCUUUUAUUCGAUGAUCCGACUUCCAGACGUAAAGUUGCCAUCGUUGCUCAUGGCAUCAUUCUUCGGGUACUCUGGAAUUGUCUCGUGGAACUCUUCCACCCCAUGAGUAUAUCACUGAUGUCUGGCAUCGCCGCCUGGGACGGUGGACCUGCCGCUCUUCUCUCCCCAAGUUGGUCCAACGCAGGCUUCAUGGAAUUGUCGAUCCGAAUGAAACAGUCGCCAUCGGUAUCACCGGCACAGCAACAACUCACCUCUCAUGAAUUGCGAGUAUCACGCAACUCAACUACAUUCAACGAAGUACCAUUACCUGGCAGUCCUGCUGAAGAUGUCCUUUUGCAGGGAUGGUCCAUGAAGAUCCUAGCUGUUGAUAACAAGGAGCAUCUCGCGGGCCUACGUCGCACGCGUGGUGGCAUUGGAAGCGCCUCGCAUGAUAGCCGACAGAAGAAGAUAGACCAGUUCUUCAAAUAG